AAGUGUGGCGCGUGCGUGUGCGCGUGUGCUGCGGGGCGUGCGGACUUGACAACAGGAAACAAGCCGCGGAUCUUCUCCUCACACGAGACCGAGGAGAGUGAGGAGAAGCACCACUUUGUUCCCCCCGCUGCGCUUCUUUUCACCGGCCGCUCGUGGUUUCUCAGCCCGGUGCUGGAGCUCUGUCCUCGGGCUCGGCGCGGAGCGCGGACCGGUCCUCUGGAGGCUGGAGGAGACCUUUCGGGGGCUUUUGGUGCCAUGUGAGGAAUAAAAGUUUAAGUUUCUACAGCAACACUCGGAGACGGAGAGUUUUCUGGGAUUGAAAAGUGAAAAACCGUUGAGGACCUGGGAGUCAAACAAGAGCCAGAGAAGAAGAAGAAGAAGACGUUUGUGAAAAAGUAGAAGAAGAAAAGACAAAGCAAAAAGAUGGGGAGGAAAAAGAUCCAGAUAGCACGAAUUAUGGACGAACGGAACCGACAUGUGACGUUCACCAAGCGUAAGUUCGGGCUGAUGAAGAAGGCGUACGAGCUGAGCGUGCUGUGCGACUGCGAGAUCGCCCUCAUCGUGUUCAACAGCACCAACAAGCUGUUCCAGUACGCCAGCACCGACAUGGACAAGGUGCUCCUGAAGUACACCGAGUACAACGAGCCGCACGAGAGCCGCACCAACAACGACAUCGUGGAGACGCUGCGUAAAAAAGGCUUAAACGGCUGCGACAGCCCCGACAUCGAGGCCGACGACUCUGCGGGUCAGAGCCCCGAGUCCGACGACAAGUACCGCAAGAUCACGGAGGACAUCGACCUGAUGAUCAACAGACAGAGGAUCUGUGGUCUGGUUCCCUCCAGCUACGACAUGGGCGUCUCCAUCCCAGCCAGUAAUCCCAGUGGGCUGCUGUACUCCCACUCUGGGAUCAGCUGUGGGAUGGGAACCCACAACCUGCUGCCCGCCUCUCACCUGCAGAGGAACCUGUCGCCUCAGAGGCCGCCGAGCACAGGACUGAUGAGCUCCGAGCUGCAGACGGCUGCUGUCUCCAGUGUGGGAAACAGCAGCUACAGCCACCUCAUGUCUCCAGGGGGCGUCUCCAGGAGCCUGCAGGAGAAGAGUCCUCCUCCGAUGGGCCUGAGCCGUAAGCCCGACCUGCGGACCCUGAUGCCCCCCAACAACAACAACAACAACAACAACAAGUGCAGCACCCUGCCCUCCAUUAACCAGAGGAUAAAUCACUCCCAGACGGCUCAGACGUUGUCGUCUCCGGUCGUUUCCCUGACUGGUUCAACUCUUCCUCCUCAGCUGAUGGGCGGCUACCCGUCUCCUCUCUCCUCCUCCUACGGCACAGAGUUCUCCCUCAGCAGCGACCUCUCCUCUCUGUCCGGGUUCGGGGGAUCCGGUCUCGGAUCGGUAUCCAACUGGCAGCAGAUCCAGAAUCUGCAGCACUCGGCACUCGGACACAUGGGGACCUUGUGUCAGAACUCGAACCUGAACCUCCACCCAAACCUGCACAUCAAGUCCGAGCCCGCCUCCCCUCCCAGGGACCGGGGGUGCGUCGACAUGAUGGGCGGCGGGGGGGGGCUGGUCGGAGGGUGCGUGACGGCGGGCGGCUACUCCGCCUCCGCCGCGGGCCGCUCGCCCGGCGACAGCGCGUCCAGCUGCGGGAGCUCGUACGAGGGCAGCGAGGAGCGCGAGGAGCACCACGGGAACUUCCUCCUGCAGCCGCUGGCCAAUCACGAGGAGCGCCACAGCCCGUCAGUCAAACGCAUGAGGCUAUCGGAGGGGUGGGCCACAUGAUGGGGGCCCGGGGGA